AUGGGCAGGCACCACGCUCUUAAACCUCAUCACCUUUACCCUGUUUCUCCAGCUCACUCUGCCGCACCUUUCCAGCUUUUGAAAACCUCUUACGCUUCACCUUCAGCUUUUCUUCAAACCUCUUCUGUUUCUGCAUUUGCCGUGGGAGACCGCAUACCAGGUUUCAAGGUAUCUGCAGCUUUUCUAUCGAGUUUGCAUUCAAACAUAUUCAUUGAACUAGACUCUUCCUACGAUUCUCCUGAUUGCACGCCGUACGGUCUACGACCCAGACUGUACGACCUGCCACCAUCACCACUAAUCGGAAGCAUGUCGUCCCUAGUGGAUGUCGAUAUGGCUCCUCCUGAUGCCCUCCGACUGCCCAGCAAUGCUGAGAGUGAGAAGGAAGAUGUCGGGCCAAAAGAAUCCACGAUAGGAGAGGACGGUGUACCUACCCUGAAGACCUUCCCCGCUACCGACAACGACAUGAGGGCCGAAGCGCUGCACAUUAUCGCAGACUCAGUAGCUCAGCAAAGAAAUACAGGUGCCAACGCGCUUAUCUUCCACCCUAUUAUUCUGGCCGUAAUGGUCGGUGCUUUUGCAGUCUUGAUACGCAUUUACGCAGAACCAGAUGGCACUACGAAUUGGAUCAUGGUCGGUACCACGUCACCUGGCGUUAUCAUGGCUGUGCUAGGUGGCAUCCGUAUGUUGCUCGGACCCUAUAUCUUUGAAGCAGAGCGGGUUGGCACUUGGAAAUGGUUGAACACAGGCAGAUCUGCCGAUGAAGAACAAGAGACGGGUUUGCAUAUACUUGGUGACAGUGACGAGAUCCUACUUACAAAAUUCGGAGACGACUAUAUCGGUGCUAUUGUAUUUCGUGGAGCACAGCCUAUCAGUUCUCCUGCCUCGCCAGGAAGUAACAAGAGGACGCGCAGAGCGCAGUCACCAACAAAGCAUACGAAAUUGGUUAUUCGUGCUUGGAGUGUUAGACAGAAAUACAGACGGAAGGAAGUUGGGUCGGCUUUACUAGAGGACGCUAUCAAGGUCGGUCAAGCUAAAGGUUGGAUUGUCGGCGGUGUUGAGUUUGCGAAAGAUCAUGCCAAUUCUAAAAGAGUGCUACCUGCCAUGUUCAACGGAGCACUGGACAAAUACGAUCGAAUUGCGAACAACACGCUGGAGAAGAAAUUGGCAGAGCUUGAUGCUGGACAAGAGAAGGGCAAGAAACGAAAGUAG